AAAAUACCGCCUAACUUCUGCUUGGAGAGCAAACUACGUCAUCGGCUCCUGUGUACCCGCAUAUUUGGUGACGAAUACACGUCGUAUGCGGAAGGGGAAGCCAGCUGAUGAAUUUUUGCUAAUUUUACGCGGAAUUUCUCACAUAUUUGGGCGGUCUGCAUGAAUGCAGUGGCACCCGCAGUCAGUCUGGAGGGCGAUGACCAAGAAGUAACCACGGCCACCACGCGCUUGACCAGCAGUCACCAACAUGCAGCCAAUGGACACACAGCUGUUAAUGUAGCCAACGGACACUCUGCCAUCACUGUCGUAAGCGAUGACGAACAGAGCCCCUCUAGUGAGGGCAACCCUGUCGCUAACGCUUUAACCAAUGCCUACUGUGAUAGCGUAGAAAAACUCCCACAAGUCAUCGAAGUUUCUGGUCGAAGUCGGGACGGCGGACCCGGUUCAGUGAUGUUGGGCGGGAAGGUGUGGUUCGUGAAGGACGGGUGCGGCGUGACGUGCGCGGUGUUCACGUACCUGCUGGUCCUGUACGCAGAGUUCGUGGUGAUGGGAGUUAUCCUGUUCCCCUCCAACAGCCUGGUCUACAGUAUCAUCAAUGCAGUCAUAUUCAACUUCUUUGCAUUCCUGGCUGUCGCCUCUCAUGUGAAGGCCAUGCUAACAGAUCCGGGUGCAGUACCUAAAGGCAAUGCUACCAAAGAGUACAUUGAGGGAUUGGGGCUGAAGCCAGGACAGGUAGUCUACAAAUGUUCCAAAUGCAGCAGCAUCAAACCGGAGAGGGCUCAUCACUGCAGUGUUUGCAGAAGAUGCAUUCGUAAGAUGGACCACCACUGCCCCUGGGUCAACAACUGUGUGGGAGAGGGCAACCAGAAGUUCUUCGUUCUCUUUACUAUGUACAUAGCAAUCAUCUCCCUGCAUGCCCUCAUUAUGGCUGGCAUCAAGUUCUUUGGCUGUAUGGACUCACAGUGGGAAGCAGAAUGCAGUAGGUUCUCUCCCCCGGCGACCAUCAUCAUGAUGAUUUUCCUGGUGUUUGAGGGCUUGCUGUUUGCCAUCUUCACUGCUGUCAUGUGUGGCACCCAGCUGCAUGGCAUCUGCAACGAUGAGACUGGCAUUGAACAACUUAAGAAGGAGUCUCCGUCUUGGGAGAAGAAAGGGAAGUGGAUGAGCAUCAAGGCCGUGUUUGGUCAUGACUUUUCGCUGGCGUGGUUCUCCCCCUUCAACCAACCUGACAUCAACAGUGGCAAGAGUCCGCCCUAUCUCUACCAUGUUUAAGAUGAGCACUUGUAUCAACUAUUGUUUAGUACAAGGUUUUUGCUGAGCUAUGGAAAAAGUAAGGUUUAAAGUUCUGUAUGACUCAAAGUAGGUCACUUUGGUGAAAUUAUUGCUCCAAUAAGCUUGUUUUCUCUUUAUUUUCUGUAGUGAAAUGAUUGCAUUCCUAGUCCAAUGCCUUACAGGGUACAUGCAUAGCUUUGCUAACACUUUUAUGGGUGACUGUGGUAAUAGAUACAAUUUUCAUGCAGUAUAAGCAGUAUAAUUUUAUGGGUUUGUAGCAACAGCAUUAGUGAUCAUAACUGACAUUUAAAAAAUUAAUGUAGUAAUGUAGACGGUUCAUGCAGGGAAAGUUGCAAUAUUUUUUCUGUUACUGGAUCUUUUGUAAGACAUACAGAAAAAUGGUUAAGGUUAUUGCAAAAACAUUGAACACCACGUUCGUAUGUUUGAGUGCUAUAUGCUUUUAUUCCUUUGAGAAAUUGAAGACAAGGAAUGAUUGCAUGUUUACACAUAAUACAAUUUCUACCCUUAUGUACAUAGAGUUUACCAAAGCAGGCUAAAUUUGAACGUGUGUUCAUGAAUGUUUCCAAAACAAAGCAUUGACAGAAAGAAGUCAUCUUUGAUCAUGUUAGACAGUGAUUUGCAUUGGGGAUGGGUUUUGUGUGCAUGAAAAAUUUGUGUUUGAAUCACAUGGACAUUAGGAAGUAAAGUUCAUGAAAUACGUCAGGAAGUGUGUAAUGUAAAAUUCUUAAGUAGAGAAAUGUGACCCAGUGUGAUAUGAUUUUCUAUCUGUUACCUGAAUUAUCUGUUUGAAAAACUUGAUUCUUAACUCCCUUUUUGCAUGUGAAACCUGAACAUUUGAAAAAAACUUAAGGUCGUCAAAAGUACUUGCAAAUGUUGCUACUAUUAGGUUUUGUAUUGUUAGAAUUUUAACAAUAUGAUACUUAAUUCCAUGUCUUGUCAAAUUAUUCAUUGCUUUUUCAAGAUGCAGAUAGUAUAGAAUUUGCACAUUUUCAGUCACAGAUUCUUUACAUACACAAACCCUAAACCUUUUUUAUUUCAUAAUGUGCGCAUUUUGUGGAAUAGAUAGGCCAAGCUAUUUUUUGUGCUCUAAUACUUUGUAUACAUUAGUUACAAGAACAAAUAGAUCAAAUGUAACAUGCACCAUCAAGAACUAAUGAUGAAGACUUGAUGCUAAGGAAAGCAGAUGUGCUGGUAGAUUGAUACAACUUUUGAUACUUCUGAAACGUAAAAAAAGCAGCGUGUACUGCAUGGUACUUGUACUUGCACCUCUGGUCAACAAUUUUAUAGUAGCUGAUUAUUGAAACCUGUAGUGGUGAUUGUUGACAUCUGUAUGAAAUUCUGUAAAUACAACAUGUAGAUGGAAGAACAGUGUAGCUCUUAAUGAUGAUCAUAUGCUCAGAGAAAUCGACCACUAAGGAUUAGGUGAUGGAGGGUUAAAAAGUAUCAGAGAAAGAAUUCAACAAUUGCACAGCUGCAUCAUGUGCAUGCUAAUAAUCCUUGGCAAAGCAAGGGCUAAGCAGUGUCGUAAGAUGGAGUAAGAUGAAAUGUGACUUCAAGUUUGUACAAGAAAGCUGAUAGAUACAUUAGAUGGCAUUGAAAAGUGCACAUCUUUUGACUCAUAUCUGUGUACACAUAAUAACGUGCUGCCAAUCUCUCAUGAUGGUAUUCUCUACUCUGUCGUUGACUCUCUGACGUGAAUCUACCUCUGCACAGUGUUGUCUUCAGUAAGCGGCAAAUUCCAGCUGCCUUUGUGUGUAGCUUCUUCUUUGGGAUUAUUCCAUUCAAAAAGGGGGGAGAGUCCAAACUUUCAUUUCCAAGCACUCUAGUCAUUUUUUGUCAAGGAAUUCAAAUAAGUUACACACCAUUACCUUAUUAUGUGACCUGCUUGCCCAUGUAGACAACUUUCUUUUCAUUGUAACCUCCACUCUUUUAGAAUGGAAUAGCCCAUAGAAGACUUGAAGUACUCAUAGUCCUGUAGGUGACAGUGUAGCAUUUCAUAUGUUAAAGGUUCUUUGCAAGCUUGAUCUAACUAUACCUGCGUAGACUGUAGCUGUAGUGUAACUGUCAAUGUGACAAGCAUGGCUCUGAGUUGUAAAAGAUCAACUUGUGACUGAUUUGAGAUUAUGAAUGAAUAAGGUUAAAACGUAGCCUUAAUGUGACUGGUACUGAUUGCUAUGAUGUCAACAGUGACUUCCAGUAUCUCCCAGUAGAAGAUGUUUGUAGUUUUUGCAUCUCUUCUACUGUACAUGUAGUAUAUAUCUGACAGCAUGAAACGUGUGACCUUGGAACAUGACUGUUUUAUGUGGCUGGCCCUCCCCUGCGCCAACAAAUGUCAUGUGAAUUCCAUGUGAGCAAGUAUACAUGUAUACUGUUACUAUGUGCAGUCUUUGAUGCAAUGUAGACUUUGUAGGGCUGUACUUUCUAAUGCUAAUAGACUGAAGUUAUAUUAUGUAGAUACUGGCUUAAAAAUCAAAUCUCUACUCCUCAAAGAGGACUUUAAGCAAGUCACUUUAUUUAAAAAAAUUUAAGUUCAGUCAAAAUGACAAAGAAAAACCUAGUAACCAAGCUAUUGAAGAACAGUUCCCAAUGCAGGGUCAGCAAAAAACAGAUGGGUAAACCAAUGGUAUGUAAUGGAAACACUAAUAAGCACUAUCACAUGUUCCUGAGAUUUUUAUUACUAUAGAAGUGACAUAAAUACUGGUUCAAACAACUUGAACACCAAACAAACAAUAAUUACAAAGAGAUACCAUGGAUCCUGACUGAAAUCAAGCAAGCAACACAAAAGAAUCAAUGAUACUAAAGCAAGAAAAGGAACAUAAAGGAAGUUUUAUACUGUACAUACAUCUAUACUGUUCGUCAUCAGCUUGACUUUGUCUGGCCUUGUUUCCCAUUGGACAUCCAAAAUUGUCUUCAGCUCUUUUGCAUUUAUAGUUAGGGUAUAAAAGACCAGUUUCCUCCAGAUCACUUCAGUGUCACUGACAAAAGAUGGUGGAUGCCAUCUGAAACGUUGGACCAUUUCCAAAAUCAUAUCCAGUUGCUUGAGUAAUUGCUUUUUGGCGUAACUUAUUACCUGGAUGUCUGACAUUCAUAGACGUUUUUUUGCUAUUGAAAAUAUCAUUGUGAGAUUGUUAGAAGCUCUGAAGUGUUGAUGCCUUCAUCAGAUUCUCUGCAUGUUCUGAAAUUAACAGUAGAGUGUAGGCUGAAGAAACCAGAAGUCAAACUGGUAAGGAUGUAUAUAUGAUGAACAAUGUAUAGGAACGGAGGGAAAGAUUUAAUCUUUGAAUGUUUAACUGAGACUUGAAUAAAGGAGUAGGUUUGGAUUGUCAUGUGCAUCUGUAUUAUGUACAUGUACUUCUAAGCAGUGGUUCUCUGAAAACAUUUUUCACUCAGUCCUGAGAGCGAAACAUGAAGUAGAUUACAAAUACCCAGCAAUAACUACUCUCAAUCUCUUUUGCUGUUCCUUAUACCAGAAUUUACUAGAAUAUUUUGCUAAAUGCUUUACCAGUUAUAUCUGUACACACAAAUGCUGUACACUGUAGGCAGUACUUUGUCGUGACAACUAUACUGGCUCAGAUAAUUGCUCUGGUAACCAUCUGAUUCUCCAAUAGAAAGUUGAUGCAACUGUAGAGUAUAUAUAGAUCUUUGAGAAGUGCUGAUUGUAUUGGAUUUGCUCUUUCCAUUGAAUACCAAACAGUGAUUCUGAUUGAAGAAUAUUCUGAAGUUUAUGGACAGGAAAUACACAUGCAAGGGUGAAGGAUUGUACAUAUAAUUUCAAAUGUUGCUGCGGGUACUGUAUUUUUGCAUUUUGAAUAAAUGGGAUGGCUUUGAAAAGAGAAACAAGAAAUGGCCAGUACUUCUGCCUGUCAUCAAUAUGAUGCAACUUCAAUAAAAGUUCAAAGUUGUCAAAA